GGAGAAAACUAUUCCAUGAGUCGGCUAAAACCCUCGACACUCGUCUCUUCUCCUUUCCUCUGUCCCUUUGCAUUUCUUCUCCAAAUGGCCGCUACAUCUUAUCCCGUCGAACCAGCAGAGAAUGGUACAGUGCCGGUGCCGGUGCCGGUGAUGGAGACUUCUUCGGCAACGGCAAUGGGAUCUAAAGCAGUGCCGGAGACAUCAGACGCUGCAAUUGCUCCUGCCGAGGACGGUUCCGACGACGCCACUGAACAACCUCCGGAGACGCCGGCGGCACCAACAUCGACAGCGGCUGCUCCUUCAACGGCGGUGACACCGGCGGAUAAGAAAUGGCCAGGGUGGCCUGGAGACUGCGUGUUUCGUCUCAUCGUCCCUGUUCUCAAGGUGGGAAGCAUCAUUGGCCGCAAAGGUGAAGUCAUUAAGAAGAUGUGUGAGGAGACUCGGGCUCGCAUUCGCAUCCUUGAAGGUGCCAUAGGCACUGCUGACCGCAUCGUCCUUAUAUCUGGAAAGGAAGAGCCAGACACACAAAUAUCUCCUGCAAUGGAUGCUGUAAUUAGAGUAUUCAAACGGGUUCAAGGAUUACCAGAGAAUGAGGGUGAUGAUGCAGGUUUAGCAGCUUCUGGAGUUGUAAUGUAUUCAAUCAGGUUAUUGGUGGCAUCAUCACAAGCCAUUAAUCUAAUUGGAAAGCAAGGGUCUCUAAUAAAGUCAAUACAGGAGAGCACAGGAGCAACUGUGCGGGUCCUAUCUGGAGAUGAAGUGCCAUUCUAUGCCACUUCCGAUGAGAGAAUUGUAGAGAUACAGGGAGAAUCCUUAAAGGUUCUUAAAGCACUAGAAGCAGUAGUUGGACACUUGAGAAAAUUCUUGGUUGAUCAUAGUGUUCUUCCUUUAUUCGAGAAAACAUGUAAUUCAACAAUCUCACAAGAUCGUGGGGUAGAGGCCUGGCCCAAUAAAAUGCAAAAUAUGCUUCAUACUGCUUCUCAAACUGGUAUUAGCAAUGAUCAUUCGAUUUCUUUGAAGAGGGAUUCUCUAUUUCUUGAUCGUGAAACUCAGCUGGAUUCUCAAAUUCCACACUCCGGACUAUCCCUGUAUGGACAAGACCCUGCACUUGUGGGGUUACGCUCAUCAACACUUGGUCGUCCAGCUGCUCCAAUGGUUACACAGAUUACGCAGACAAUGCAGAUACCUUUAUCCUAUGCAGAAGACAUUAUUGGGACUGGAGGAACUAAUAUUGCAUAUAUUCGCCGUACCAGUGGAGCCAUCCUCACUGUUCAGGAGAGUAGGGGUCACCCAGAUGAGAUCACAGUGGAAAUAAAGGGAUCCUCAUCACAGGUUCAGACAGCUCAACAACUUAUUCAGGAAUUUAUGAGUAGUCAUAAGGAGCCCAUCUCAAGCAGCUAUGGCAAGUUGGACACUGGGUUGAGGUCUUACUCACAACUGACUAAUACUUCCUAUCCAUCAUCAUCCUUGUCAACACAACCACUUGGUGGAUAUGGAUCCUCUGGAGGAUACAGUAGCUAUAGGCUCUAAAUAGUCAUUGGAUUUAUUUCCCUGUAUGGUAUAGUGGAUUUCAGUGAACUUGGAUGAGCAGUAGAUUUAUUUUCCGUUGGUUGUCUGUGGACUAGCAUUGGCAGAGUCCUAAAGCAUACCUUCCCAGUUCCCACAUGAAGCUGGAAACUGUGUAGCAAAUUUUCUUACAGCAGGGCAUUUGUAUGCUGGAGCUUGCCUAAACAUCUCUUGUUCAACAUUGUAAAUAAUUUCCUCCAAAUUAUGGCUGCAGGGUCUUGUCCUGUAUGGUGCAA